AUGCAGAUCAAAGGGGGCCCACGGUGGGCAAGACGGGCCCUGCUCCUUGGCCUUCUCUGGGCUACUGCACACUUGCCUCCCCCAGGGGCCUCCCUGGCCCAGCGUCUCCCAAGGGCUACAGGAAAUAGCACCCAGUGUGUUAUAUCCCCAUCAUCGGAGUUUCCUGAGGGGUUUUUCACGAAACAGGAACGUGCAGAUGGAGGCAUCAUAAUCUACUUCCUAAUUAUCCUUUACAUGUUCAUGGCUGUGUCAUUUGUCUGUGAUGAGUACUUCCUACCAUCCUUGGAAAUCAUCAGUGAAUCCUUUGGACUGUCCCAGGAUGUUGCAGGUGCAACUUUUAUGGCAGCCGGUAGUUCAGCUCCUGAAUUAGUUACUGCUUUCCUAGGUGUAUUUAUCACAAAGGGCGAUAUUGGCAUUAGCACCAUUCUUGGAUCUGCAAUCUAUAACCUCCUUGGUAUCUGUGCAGCCUGUGGCUUACUAUCUAAUGUGGUUUCAACACUAUCAUGUUGGCCCCUAUUCAGAGACUGUGUGGCAUAUGCUAUCAGUGUAGCAGCACUUCUUGCCAUAAUAUUUGACAACCAAGUUUACUGGUAUGAAGGAACUUUACUGCUUUUGAUAUACGGAUUAUAUAUUGUGGUGCUGUGUUUUGACAUUAAAAUUAACCAAUAUAUUGUAAAGAAAUGCAGUCCUUGCUGUACCUGUCUUGCCAAAGCAAUAGAAGAGAGAAGUGAACAACAGCCACUGAUGGGAUGGGAAGAUGAGGAUCAACCAUUCAUCCGUAGGCAAUCAAGAACUGACAGUGGAAUAUUUCAUGAAGAUUCUGGCUACUCCCAACUUUCUUUAAGUUUACAUGGUCUUAGUCAGGUUUGUGAAGAUCCGCCAAGUGUUUUCAACAUGCCUGAAGCAGACUUAAAAAGAAUUUUUUGGGUACUAUCCCUUCCCAUUAUUAUACUACUUUUUCUAACCACACCAGAUUGUAGAAGAAAGUUUUGGAGAAAGUAUUUUGUGAUAACAUUUUUUAUGUCAGCACUGUGGAUAUCUGCAUUUACAUAUAUCCUGGUUUGGAUGGUCACAAUAACUGGGGAAACAUUAGAAAUUCCAGAUACAGUAAUGGGCCUUACUUUAUUAGCAGCAGGAACAAGCAUACCAGACACGAUCGCAAGUGUGUUGGUUGCAAGAAAAGGCAAAGGAGAUAUGGCUAUGUCUAACAUCGUGGGAUCCAAUGUCUUUGAUAUGCUAUGCCUAGGUGUUCCAUGGUUUAUUAAAACUGCAUUUAUAAAUGCAUCUGCUCCUGUAGAAGUGAACAGUAGAGGACUAACUUACAUAACCAUCUUUCUCAACAUUUCAAUUGUUUUCCUUUUCUUAGCAGUUCACCUCAAUGGCUGGAAACUAGACAGAAAGUUGGGAGUAGUCUGUCUGUUACUGUACUUGGGGCUUACAACAUUAUCAGUUCUAUAUGAACUUGGAAUUAUUGGAAACAAUAAAAUAAGGGGCUGUGGUGAUUAA